GGGCCGUCAGUAGCGAAUUUCAAUUUGACUCCAGCAAUAUGACGGCCCGGGCUAUCUUUCCGACAUUCUACGACAAGGAAACAAAGAUCUGGAGCGGUGCGCCCAGGGCCACGCUGUACGAUUACAACUGUUCGAUUGGCCAGGUGGUGUACAACACCCUGAAAUGCUGGUCCAACAAUGUCCUUCAGAUCACCGCCGACGAUGACACAGUGCUGACCAAUGCCGAUGUGCUCGCUCUGGCCACCCGCAUUGCCAUCUACUUGAAGGCCGAGGGACUGACCCACGAGGAUGUGGUCGGGAUUAUUGGCAAGGGCAGCACCUACGUGAUGCCCGUGGCCGUCGCUUGCUUCUUCAACACGACGCCCUUCCAUGCCAUCAACGUCAGCAGGGAGCCACAGGUUAUCGCUCGACUCUACUCCGUCACAAAGCCCAAGAUCAUGUUCUGCGACGCCUCCGACUAUGAGACCAUUAAGGAGGUCACCAAGGAGUGGGCGCCAAAGAUCAUUACGCUGACGGGUCGCGUGGAGGGUGUGACCAGUGUGGAGGAUCUGAUAACGCCACAACCCACAGAGGCGAUCUACAAACCCACGCCCCUGGCCGUUGGCGGUGAUCAAUUGGCUGUGGUGCUGUGCUCCUCGGGCACCGCUGGCCUGCCCAAGGCCGUGACGCUCUCACAUCGUCAUCUCUGCAGCAGCACAUCCUUCUGCUUCAGCUACGAUGUGCUGUACACCAGUGCGGCCAUUGAUUGGAUGACUGGCUUCUCGAUCAUGGUUAUGAGCCUCACCUUCGGAUUCACCCGCGUCGUGUCCAGCCAGAACUUUAGCGCCGAGUGGGCCGCUGCCAUUGUGCACAAGUACAAGGUCACCUGCAUUGCCAUGGCACCGUGGCAGGCCUACGAGCUGUACACCAGUCCCCUGGCCACCGAGGAGACGCUGCGCAGCCUGAAGAUCUCCUUUGUCAUCGGUGGCUGGAUAUCGCUGGCGUUGCUGCGCAAGUGCCAGGAACUUUUGCCCAAAUGCUACAUCAUGUUCUCCUACGGCACCACCGAAACGGGCAUCGUGACGGUCAACAUUGAUCAGACUCUGGAGAACUCUGUGGGUCGCUUGGGGCCGGGCAUGAAUAUCAAGAUUCUCGACGAAAACCGACAGCCGCUGGGCCCCCAUGGUGUGGGCGAGGUGCUCAUCGACAUUGGGGUCAAGUGGAUGGGCUACCUGGACAACCCGGAGGACACUGCCGCCACCAUCGAGGAUGGUUGGAUCAAUCUCGGGGAUCUGGGCUACUUCGACGACGACAACAACCUGUAUCUGGUGGAUCGCAAGAAGGAUCUGCUGAAGUACAAGUCCAAGCACUACUGGCCCAACGAGAUCGAGCAGAUCAUUGCCGAGCUGCCAGAGAUCGAGGAUGUGUGCGUGGUGGGUGUGCGGGAUGAGCGCUACGGCGAUGCAGCUGGAGCUUUGGUUAUCCGCAAGGAGGGUGUGGAGAUCACAGCCCAGAAGAUCAUCGAUCAUGUGGCGCAGCGUGUGAUCGUGGACUACAAACAGCUCAAUGCCGGCGUUGUCUUUGUCGAUCACAUCCCCAAGAAUGUCAACGGCAAGGUCAUGCGGAUCGAGGCACGCAAAAUCUUUGAUGAGCGAUCUUCCAAGUGAUUCCAUCUCUGCACCAAUAGGGAAUACUAUCUAC